AUGGAUGAGGUCUACUAGGAGCAUUGUGAAUAAAAUCUAAAUAGCGGAGAUAAACUAGUCAAUUUUAUUUUGAGGAUAAUAAUUUUGAUAAUUUCCAUUCUGUCGAGUUUAUUUGUGCUAAUAAUAAUCAAGAAGAGUAAAAAAAGCUAAUUUUGGCCUUUUAUGUUAAUCUUCGCUCAGGUAUUUUCCGAGCUGAUUGAUCUCAUAUUGGCCUUGUCAUUUACGAUUAAUAGUUCAUGUUAGCCAUAAGUUUGCAAAAUUAUUGCCUAUUUUAUGCAUUCUAAUUGGUUGGCAUCUUUGAAUUUUAUGUUAUUCUAAUGCUUCAUCUACUUUUGCUUAAUAAAGUCAGAAUUGUUAUUCAACUACAUAAUGAAUCAUCUGUACUUCUUCAUCUCUUUAUUAUAUUUGAUUCCACAUGGACUUUUAUUUUAUGUUUUAUACGACGGUGGAUUUGGUCCUUCAGGAUGGUAUCUAUAGAAUGGUGAGUUCAACUUCAUCUUUUGUGGAUGUAUAUUUCUACUUUAAAUUAAGUUAUCAAUAAACAUUUUGUAGGAUUUUGGAUCAUCCCUGUCUCAUCCUUAUUUGUGCUUUCAAUUAUGUUUUCCUUGUUUGUAAAGAAGAUCUAUAUAUUUAAAAUAGAAUUCCUGCUAUUGGCAUCACCUCCAGAACAAAAAGGGAUUGAAGUAUCCUGCCUUAAGAAUUCAAUCAGUAAUCUUAUUCCCUGUCCUUUACUCACUCGCAUGGAUAGUCAAUUUUAUAAUAAGGUAUGGAAAAUGUCUCCAAAAUUUUAGAUUUUUUGAAACCAACGCUAACAAUGAGAACUACUGUCCUAUUGAAGAAAUGAGUAUGGGUUUCUACAUUUUUUAUUUAUUUUUAAAUCUGGGAUUUGAGUUGCAUUUGACAGUGGGAGCCAUCCUAUUUUAUUUCAUUUAUAGGUAUGAUUUUGAUUAAUUUGAAAGAGGACUACUUGGAAUGGAUUCUUUGAAGAGAGGUUUUAGAAAGGGGAGGUAAAAGAUAGAAUCAGUUCAACUUUACUUAUCAGAUUAUUCAAAUAUAUUAUGA